GAACUCAUGCAUGGGUUCCCAGACACAUCUUGCUCAAGGUUCCCUUGAGUCACAGGCGGCGGCGGCGGACUUUGUGGAAACUGGCAAUAGCUCUACCAUGGUUGUGUGGUCGUUGUUUUGGGCAGCGGUGAGUGCUUAUACGCAUGUCCUCUCAUACUUGUCGUGGCUAUAUGCUACCUGUUCAGACCACUCCUCUCGCGACUUCUUGACUACGACUAAAAGUAUGGUGAGCACUACCAGACUAUAUGUCAUCUCUCGUCUUAACUGUCACUGGAAUGAGCAGUAUGAAGUAGGGUGUAAGACUGCGAGCAUGCGAAUCGAUGGCCCACGAUGGACUUGCGAUAUCACUAGUACUGUAGGAUUUCCGUAUUUACGAUAUGAUGUCGCCGUAAUAGCUAUCAUAAUAUGCAUUUUCGUCGUAACUUCUAUUCUAGGAAUAUGGGAUAACGAAUUGAAAUAUAUGAUGAUUUAG